AUGGACAUCGGGGCGAGCAGUCUGUUCGUGCUUCUGUACCUGGUCGCCUGGGUGUUGUCCUGCUACGAUUGCGUGAUGCAGUUCGAGAACAACACCGGUCAUCAUCAGUACUCGUUUCCUGACGGCUCGCUGUUUAUCCACUGGCAAAACAGACUACUGGCCGUGUGUGUAAUAUGCGCCAUUAACGCCGUCCUGUACGUCGCUUCAGUGAUCGUGGCGCGAAAGCAGUGA